CGGGGGUCGGGGGCCUCUGCCGGGGCUCCUCCGGCGGUGCGGCCUUGCCCCGGCCGGCUGCGGGGACCCGGGCCCGGAGGCCCGGGGUUUGCGCUUGCUAGGUGGCGAGGAGCGGAGGACGGCGAGGGGAAGCCAUUGGUUUUGGGGGCGGGGAGUUAGGGAACCGAGCGAAACCUGGACCACUUCUAAUUUUUCAGGAGCUUAGGAAGCUCAUAUUUUUAUUCCCAAGUCACCCUUCCUUGGCAUGUUUUUUGAUGAAUAAAGCUCUCUGACUUGUUCGAUUUUUUAAAAAGUGAUGCAUGGCAUGUAUUUUAGGGGAGGAAAGAAGCGCGAUUGGCAGCAUAGCGUUUUCCCUAAAAUUUUUCAUUUCAGUUAUUUUGUAGCGUUGACUGGAAACUCACUGUACGGUUGUAUAAAGCCUUAGGGACAAGGCCUUGAAAUAUGGGGAUCUUUAAGGGCCAUCUCCUAAACACUCAACGCUACAUGCAUUCACGUAUAUACUUAAAACAUAGCUGUUUAGAUGUUUGUUGGAUGAAUGGUUAAGUGCAAACCUGAGCGGUGCACCCAUUGGCCAACCAGAAAGGAAGUAGAGGAGACCCCUGACCUUGAAUUUACGGUAUAAUCGGUGACAUUCUGCAACACAAGAAUAGACAAGUGGCCGACAGAAGCAUUGCUUGAACAUGAACUCUCCAACACCGAUGAUCGCAAAAUGCCAAGAAAUCUGGGAGGGUGGUGUUUGGAUUGAGGUGGGAUGGAAAACGGAUAAAGGAGUCUAGGGAGUUUCCUGAUGUGGUUGAUAAUUUGUGUUGCAUUAGAGAAGAAUGCUGCGCUAAUUCAGGUUUACUUUCCAAAUAGUCCAAAAUGGUACUUGGGCAAUGAAUACCUGCCCAUGGGAAUUUCUGAAUUCUUCUGUCAAACAUCAGUGACUGCCAUCAUUUUGAGAGGUUUCACGAGAAGAUUGUAUAGUCAGCUUUUGGCUAACUAUGAAAGCAUGAUUACUCAGGUCAGUUUUAAAACAAUUCCGUGAUGUUAGUAUACAGAAUCCAGCGUCUGCAGGGCAAGGUGAUCAUAACUAAUAGCUGCUUGUGCCUUCUUGUGUUUCUGCACAUUACAGGUGCUGGCAAAGACUGAGAGAAUAUCAUCUUCAUUCUCCAGUUCUUUGGCAGGAAUUGACUUAAGCUAUGCCAGAAUAUAGUGUCUAUCCUUAAAGAACCUUGGUUGUCUUACUUUGAUAUAUAGUGAGUUAUCUGGGAAAGCAGUACUUUCUUAUGAAAUGUCAUGGUCAUUUUCUGGGCUGAUUAUCGUACAUACGCAAGUAUUUUGAGAUCAUUAUGUGGGAGAGCAACCAAGCAAUGAAUGUUGACUUAAGAGAAAUGAAGCAGAGAUUGUAUACAAAAAAAAAAAAAAAAGCUCUCUAUAUAGUAAAGGUGAUUCCAUGAUCUUUCUCACUUAUGCAUUUCAUCAUCGUUCAGUCUAAAUUAAGUCAGUUCGCAGUUUCAGGCCAUUGGCUGUUGUACUUUCCUCUUGUAUUUCUUAUCUGAUACGGCUUACUUUCUUCUAUAGUGCAUUGUCCUGUAGGUAAUGUAAUAGUAGACUGCAUUUGCUUUUUUUUUGAUGUAGUGAUGCUCAUGGAAUUAUUCCUUUUCUGUAUCUAUAAAAGGGCUGGAUGCAAGCAUGAGGAAGCAAAAUCAUGGUGGAAGGAUAUUUGUAUUUGCUUCUACUAACUAAACCCUUAAACCUUUUGGAUUCUUUUGUCCCUUGAUUAUUUUUCUUCCCCAAUAUAUUUGAAAUGAAGACCACUGUUAUUACUUUUGGAGUCAAAUUUUUAGAAGUCAUCAAGCCUUUCUGUGCAGUUCUACCAGAAAUUCAGAAACCUGAAAGGAAAAUCCAGUUUAGAGAGAAGGUACUAUGGACUGCCAUAACUCUCUUCAUUUUCUUAGUAUGUUGUCAGAUACCACUCUUUGGAAUCAUGUCAUCAGAUUCUGCAGAUCCUUUCUACUGGAUGAGAGUUAUUCUUGCAUCCAACAGAGGAACUUUAAUGGAAUUGGGUAUCUCCCCAAUUGUAACAUCUGGUUUGAUUAUGCAGUUGUUAGCUGGAGCCAAAAUCAUUGAAGUUGGAGACACACCCAAAGACAGAGCUCUAUUCAAUGGAGCCCAGAAACUAUUUGGUAUGAUCAUUACCAUUGGGCAAGCCAUUGUGUAUGUCAUGACGGGCAUGUAUGGGGAUCCCGCUGAAAUGGGUGCUGGCAUCUGUCUCCUUAUCAUUAUUCAGUUGUUUGUUGCUGGUUUGAUUGUGCUGCUGUUAGAUGAGCUGCUACAGAAGGGUUACGGCUUGGGGUCUGGUAUUUCCCUCUUUAUUGCUACCAACAUCUGUGAAACCAUUGUCUGGAAGGCCUUUAGUCCCACUACUAUUAACACUGGCAGAGGUACCGAGUUUGAGGGUGCAGUCAUAGCACUCUUUCAUUUACUGGCCACCAGGACAGACAAGGUCCGCGCUUUAAGGGAGGCAUUCUAUCGUCAGAACCUACCCAAUCUUAUGAACCUCAUUGCUACGGUCUUCGUGUUUGCCGUUGUUAUAUAUUUUCAGGGGUUUCGUGUUGACUUGCCCAUCAAGUCGGCCCGGUAUCGAGGACAGUACAGUAGCUAUCCCAUCAAGCUCUUCUAUACCUCGAACAUUCCCAUUAUUCUCCAGUCGGCCUUAGUGUCAAACCUGUAUGUUAUUUCCCAGAUGCUGUCUGUUCGAUUUAGUGGCAACUUUUUAGUAAAUUUACUAGGACAGUGGGCUGAUGUCAGUGGGGGAGGACCUGCUCGUUCUUACCCGGUGGGAGGCCUUUGUUACUAUCUUUCUCCUCCUGAGUCCAUGGGCGCCAUAUUUGAAGAUCCUGUCCAUGUGGUUGUUUAUAUCAUCUUCAUGUUGGGAUCAUGUGCAUUCUUUUCUAAGACAUGGAUAGAGGUGUCUGGCUCCUCAGCCAAAGAUGUAGCUAAGCAGCUUAAAGAACAGCAAAUGGUAAUGAGGGGCCACAGAGAUACCUCUAUGGUUCAUGAGCUUAAUAGGUACAUCCCCACGGCGGCCGCGUUUGGCGGCCUGUGCAUUGGCGCGCUGUCGGUGUUAGCCGACUUCCUCGGGGCCAUCGGCUCUGGCACUGGCAUCCUGCUUGCGGUCACUAUUAUUUAUCAGUAUUUUGAAAUUUUUGUCAAGGAACAGGCUGAAGUCGGUGGGAUGGGUGCUUUGUUUUUCUAAAUGUUCUCAUAUUUCUUCUUGUGUGUGUGAAAGGGAAAAUAAUUUUGACACAUUGUUUUUGUCAAAUAAUGCUGAUUCCCCUUUUCUUCCCUCACAGUUUGUUUUCAAGUGCUCACUGUCCCGUUUGUGAAAUGGGCGCCGAGCUAAGCCUGUGUGCAGCAUUAGUACCAGCUGCCUUAAAACUGAAGUUUACAUUAUUUGUUCAAAAAUGUACUUGUAGUGUUGCCUGUGAUGCUGGAAACCAAUGUACCCGCCUUGCCCUGUUCACUCGUGACGGUGAGAUGGUGACGUGGAUCAGUUUUGCACACAACAUUCAGAACACUCACUCUUCCCCCCACUUGUUUAAAAAUAAAUGUAGUUCAAAUUGCCACUUUCCAGUAUUUUUGAGCUUAUUUGAGUUCUGGAACAUUUAUAUCUAAUCUGUAUUUUAGAUAUAAUUAACUUUUUAUACUUUUUUAACUCCUAGUAUCCACGUUCCCACCCUCCCUGUCCGUCCCCCUCCCCCGAUUUGUCCCCUCUCAAAGCUGCCCCUCAGCCCAGAUGGGCAACAUGGAGCUUCGGUUCCAGCUGGUCCUAGAAACAGGCGUGUGAUUAGUCCUCCUGGUUCUCAUUCCUUUCUUCCCAGUGACAGCAGUCGGUGCUGUUUUACUGUAUUGGCUAUGCCUUCGAAUUCCAACACAUCACUUGAGAAUACUCUUUCAAGAUACGAUGCCCCAGUUCUUUUUUUUUUUUUUUUAAUCCCUAAAGCAAAGAUCUAAUUCUCAAGCAAUGUCUGUAGUUCAGUGGGGUGA